CUCGCGCAUGCUGUAGUGUUGUUGUUUCUCUUAUCGUUUUGUGUUUUACGCGACAAAAUAUAUUAAAUGUCGUUCACAAGACGUGCCGAGUAAGAAAAUUGUCCCGAAGAAGAACUGUUAAACUUAACGAUUGCCCGCCGAUGAUGUUUUAUUGUUGACACGGACGAUCGACCCGAAAACCAUCAACGCUUUUCAAAUGAAUGUCAAUGUUAACAACAAAAAUGUUUGCGUCAAAUAUAUUUUAAGUGCAUCCAAUGCUUUAUUUAAAUUUGAAACAUUUUAAAUACUGGAUUUAUAAAAUUGAGUUCUUGUAUAAUAGAUUUAAACAUCCUAAACAAAUAUUAAUGAAUAAGUUAAUUGACAUAAAAAAAUAUGAACAACAGGCUGUAUCUUUGGCUGUUAAAUUAAUUAAAGAUGGUAGUGUUGUUGCACUUCCAACUGACACUGUCUAUGGUCUAGCAACUGAUGCACAAAAUUCAAGCGCUAUAGGCAAACUGUACAAUAUCAAAGGGCGUAAUUUUCAAAAACCAAUUGCUAUAUGUACUCAUCAUGUAAAUGAUAUUGGAAAUUGGGGUGAAAUUGGUCAUUUACCGUAUGGUCUUUUAGAUUCACUAUUGCCUGGGCCUGUGACAGUCAUACUACAAAGAACACCAUCUCUAAAUCUUGCAUUAAAUCCUGAAAAAUCAAAUAUUGCUAUAAGAGUACCAAACAGUGGCUUUGUUUGUAAUAUUGUGAGUGAUCUGAAAAAACCCAUUGCUCUAACUAGCGCUAAUGAGAGUAACAAACCCAGUACAUUAAAACCAAUUGAAUUUUUAAUUUUGUGGCCUAAAUUAGAUGCCAUUUUUGAUGGUGGUACUAUUGGCUCUUCAUUAGAAUCACGUCAAGGUUCCACAAUAAUUGACUUGACAAUUAAUAACCGCUUUAGAGUAAUUAGAACAGGAUCUGCUCUUUUAAAUACUUUACAGAAACUACACCAAUUUGGUUUAAAAGAAUUAAAAUGAAUAAAUUACUAAGAAAAAUUAUA